AUGGCCGCCCGGCUUGGGUCUAUGAGCACCAAGCUGGGCAUACUCGGAUGGAGAGACACUCGGCCUCUAGACGCCAUGGGCAUGCCUACGGAAGCACACGAGAGCUUUCACAACCUCAUCCACGCCGCAAUCGACAGAGAGAUGAUACGGAUGAACGUCGAUGAGAGCUGGCACACUCAGGAGGCGGCGACUCACAGAGCGCCAAGCGGCGUAGCCAAAGAGGGAGACUACACCGGCGCCGCUAUACUCGCAGGGGGCAAGCUACGCAGGUGGCCUACCCUCGCGAUCGAGGUAGGCCGCUCACAGUCGCUCGAGAGCCUGAGGACGGUAAUGCGCCUAUGGUUUCACGAGUCGGAGCAUGCUGUCAAGAUCGUGAUCCUGGUCAAGCUCUACCGAAAUAACCGUAGCAUCUUGGUUGAAAAGUACGCCGAAGGGCCCGUGGCUGUCCAACGUCCAGGUGCGACAACGACUCGCUUCGCCCAGGGUGAUCUUGCACCUAUCCUUCGACAAGCAAUAACGAUUCGAGAAGCUACAGGAUGCCCGCUAGAGUAUAAGGUGUCCGGCGCUCCUUUAGUCCUCGAGUUCAAUCUACGUUUCCUCCGACUGCCCGACCUAGCCGCCGGCGAAGGCGACAUCAUCAUCGAUGAGCAGAGUCUUCAGAGGGCUGCAGCUCUAACAUGGGCAGAGUACGAGGACGAGUAG